AAUCGGUGUUUAAAUUUUUGAAUUUUAUACAUUUUUAAUGCUGUUUUUUUCUGUUAACGUACCAAAUUAUAAAUAAGUACAGUAACUAAGCAAAGUAUCAUUGUCUUCUAUAUAAAUUAAGUUUCUAAAAGGUUGGAUAUUAUUUUGCUCUGUUUUUAUUUCCCUAAAAAAAAAUGUUAGUGGAAGUCAUUGGAUAGUUCACAUUUGGAAGUUAUAUGCAAUUUUUGAGGAUCUUGACAGUUUACUUUUUUGGUUUCAGUUAUUAUCAAGACAAGCUCUAAAAAUUAGGAUCAAAUGGAUACUUUCCUUAAUGAUCAAAUCAAAGCAAAUUCGAUCUCGACGAAUCAACAUCACAAUCGUCUUAUUUAGUGUUUUCACCAUCUUCCACCUCUAACUUACUUAGACAGCUCCUUUCCACCUGUUUCUUCUCUCUGUCUCUCUGUCUUUCUCUUUCUUCUUUUAUAUUCUCCGACAAAAGAAAAAGUACAAGAAACCCAGAAAAAGAGUGUAGAAACUACAUUUGUUCUUCUUCUCUGUUCUGCUUCGAAAAUUAUGGGUUCCUCUGUUUCUAAAACCGCUUCUUCAUCUUCUUCGUUGAAUUUACCUCCGGAGACGGAAUUCAACAUCCCGUCUUCGUCUGUCCCUAAGGCUUUCACAUUUCCGAUGCCGUCGAUUCAUCAUCCACCGGUUAAAAAAGGCGACACGCACCACUUCGUCUCUCUUACAUCGACCACUUACGGCUCUCUUCUCCUCGACGGAGCUUCCGACAGACAAACAUUGCCUCAUAUCUCCGUUACCGGGAAGAAUAACAAGAAGAUGCCUGAAACAGAGGAGGCACGCGAGUCGUUGUCUCCUGACUCAGUGAUCAACACAUGGGAGCUCAUGAACGGCCUCGACGACGAUCUCGAUUCUGAGAAUUCCGAUACAAGUAAGCGUAAUUCCGUCGUAAAUUUGGAUUGUUUUUCUAAACCCAUCAAGAAUCGAGACGUGCUUAUUAAUGGGUCUUCGUUGAAAUUGGACGAAUCUUACGAAGCUGAGGAAGAUUGGAGAUUAUUGCCUUUUAAACCUAAGCAACCUCUGUGGAAACAUAUGUCUGAAGAAUCAUUUCUCUCUGAUUUAGAUCCUAACAUUAUCUCAUCUUACAAGAAAGCAUUGUCUUCUAAGCAACUAAGCAAAAACACUAGUAAUGGUCACAAAAGCCCGAAAGCCCUCUCUUGCAGCCACUCAAAUCAAUCGACUUUACCAGAAUCUGUAUCCUCGACUCCACUGACUUCUCAGACUUUGGAAGACCAAGAGAAACCAAGAUUGCUUGAAAAAGAAGAUAACAAGAACAAGAUAGUAUUGUACUUCACUAGCCUCAGAGGAAUUCGAAAGACGUAUGAAGAUUGUUGUUGCGUUAGAACGAUAUUGAGAGGGUUUCAGGUUGCGGUUGAGGAACGCGACAUCUCAAUGGAUUCCGAAUAUAGAAAAGAGCUUCAGAAUGCGCUCGGUGAAGAGAAACCGGUUUGUUUGCCUCAGGUGUUUAUAAGAGGUGUCCGCAUUGGUGGAAUUGAGGAGAUCAAGAUACUCAACGAUGGAGGCGAACUGGCAGAGAUGUUAAAAGAUUUCCCUGCUUGUGAAUCCGUGGGAGCCUGCGAAAGCUGCGGGGAUGCAAGGUUUGUGCCGUGUACUAAUUGUGGUGGUAGUACUAAAGUGUUUGAGGAACAAGAAGAUGGGUUUAAGAGAUGCAAUGAAUGCAAUGAGAAUGGAUUGGUACGUUGUAACAGGUGUUGUCAUUAGCUAAUUCGUUUGAUUGAUGUGAAAAUGUGAAGAGAAGAAAAAGAAUCUAAAGAUAUAACUUUUGACUUAAGAUAUGUUUGGUUGGUUGUGUUCUUUGAAUGACUUGUUUGUUGUCUUGUAUAUUGAUAUAAGAAGUGGCCUAAGGCUCAAAACUA